ACCAGAAAUGCAGGCAGGAUGAGGACGGAGCAGAGGAAGGAGGAGAGGGAGAAGCGGCGGCUGGAGCAGCUGGAGCGCAAGAAGGAGCUGCAGCGCCUGCUGGAGGAGGAGGACUCGAAGCUGAAAGGGAAAUCGCCCAAACAGGUGGCUCCGGGCAAAGUCACCAGGGCCCAGAUCGAGGAGAGCAUCAGGAAGGACCAGCAGCAGAAGGAGAACACGGACACAGUGGAGAAGGAGAAGACUCACUUGGAGGUCCCCUUGGAGGAGAACAUCAACCGGAGGGUGCCGGAGGAGGGCACGGUGGAGGCCAGGACGAUCGAAGAUGCCAUCGCCGUCCUCAGCGUCGCCAACGAGCUGGACCGGCACCCCGAGCGCCGCAUGAAAGCCGCCUUCACGGCCUUCGAGGAGCUCAACCUGCCCCGCCUGAAGCAGGAGAACCCCAACAUGCGCCUGUCCCAGCUCAAGCAGCUCCUCAAGAAGGAGUGGAUGAAGUCCCCGGACAACCCCAUGAACCAGAGGCACAAAGCUUACAACAGCCAAAAGUAGAACUUUUUUUUUAGGGCCGGGCAGGCUGGAGCUCCAGACCGUGCUUGGAUGAAGCAGGAGGCGCCAGGAACCUCCCCCCCCUGCCCUUCCCCUCCCUGCCCUUCCCUCUUUUUGUCCUUUUGGUUGGAUUUAAGUUAAACACAAGGCCUGUACAGCCCCCCCCCCUCUCGGGGUCCUGCUGCCCUCGCGUGCUCGCCUCCUGGCGCGGAGUCCCCCCGGACAGCCUGCCGCCGCCUCUGCGCUUCUCAGCUCGGUUCUCGCCUCACAAAAAGCCACCAAUUUCCUUCCCCAGCUCCAGCGGGGGGGCCCCCACGCCUCGAUUUCACCCCCACGCCUUGAUUUCACCCCCUCACAGCCUGGACCCCCCCCAGCCUGCGUUCCUCCCUGCGCCCCGAGCUCUGUGCGGGGCAAAUUCCUCCCAACGUCCCGAGCAGGCCCCUGCCCUCUGCUCCUCCUUCCUGGCGUGGUUAUUAUUUUAUUUUAUUUUUUUUGGUGCUGGGGUGGCCCCCGAAGAGCUUCCAGCUGGAAUCCUGCUGCCUCCCUCCCUUCCCCUCCCAGCCCUGCGUCCUCCGGGGAGGUGGAAGCAGAAUUUGGGCAGCUCGGGGCUGGAGGGGAGAGGGGGAAACCUCCUCCACGGGG